AUGCAAUUUGCAUUGCCGCCACGAAAGACGUCUCGUCCUCCCAUUUACUCUCGAUCGUCCCCUACAGUCCUUCGACGGCGACAGUUGAAGUCAUUUGCCGUUAUAGGCUGCAUUGUCGUCUCGGCUCUCUUCCUCAUCUUCCACCUUUUCUCCUCCGGCUCGUCUUCAGUCGAUACCCCUGUUGCGAAUGGGCCUCCUGUCGUUAUUGUCACCGUUCUUGACACGGACUUCUUUAGCAACACGUAUAUACAGCGGAUAAAACAGAAUAGGGAGGAUUACGCGAAGCGUCAUGGAUAUGUCAACUUCUUUGCUAGCACCGCAGACUAUGUCCCUGUUAUGAACCUCCCCUCAGGCGCAGUGGUGCCUCGGAGCUGGGCCCUCGUUCCGGCCAUGCGACAUGCCAUGACCAAAUAUCCCGGCAGCACAUACUUCUUUCAUCUCUCCCCCCAUUCCGUCAUCAUGGAUCCAACCAUCUCGCUCACGUCACACGUACUGGAAAAAUCAAAGCUGGAAUCCCUCAUGAUUAAAGACACCCCUGUUGUGCCACCAGACAGUGUCAUCAAGACCUUCACUCACCUGUCUGGAAACGACGUUGACCUGAUUAUCACGCAGGAUGCAGAGAACCUCUGCCCAGGGAGCUUUAUCAUCAGGAGAGGCGAGUGGGCGAAUUAUUUCCUAGACGCCUGGUUUGAUCCGCUGUACAGGAGCUAUAACUUUGCAAAGGCAGAAAACCAUGCCCUGGAUCAUAUUGUACAAUGGCACCCGACCAUUCUGGCCAGACUAGCUCUUAUUCCCCAGAAAAUUAUCAACGCCUAUUCUCAUGAAGCUCCGAAGCCCGGUUCAAAUGGGCUAUAUACAGAGGGUGAUUUCAUUGUUCGUCUAGGCGGAUGCGAGACGACGCCUGCACGAAACUGUGAGAAAGAAAUGGAACCUUACUGGAAUAAAUGGUCGAAGGCUUAUGCCCAAGUUUGA